CCGGGGUCUGUCGGGCGGGGGUAUAUGGAAGCUGGAAGGUAUAAAUAUGAUCACACCAUCUCGAACACCACUAUCAUGUCCAUCUCUUCCCUCGCCUGAGAAGAAAGCACCAGCACAUCCACCCUCUCCGCACCUCUACGAUGUCGACAGCCGCAGAGAACCCGGAAGCUUUCCCGCUUCAAGGUCUGACCAGCGAUGGGUGGUCCAACGAAGAAGAAGCUUCGGCUACUUGUGCGUGCGGCGCCGUGCAGAUGGUCAUCCCAUUGAAAGCCCCAGGCCUGGUCAACACCUUUGUCUGUCACUGCUCGGACUGUAGGAAAGUCUCCGCAUCGAUGUUUGCUACGAACUUUACCUCCCUCGACACCCACACCCGGUUCACAAGGGGGGAAGACAACCUCACCGUCUUUUCCCAGAACAAGACGACGGCGACGGGAGGGACCAUGUCGAACUCGUUUUGCAAGACUUGUGGGACGCUCAUGUUCCGAGCUGGGUCGGUCGCACCGGGGACGAAGUUUAUGAGAGGGGGGAUUAUUGAUGAUCAUCGGUUGCAUGAUACGAUGUUGAGGCCGGGGGUGGAGAUCUUUUCGGAACAUAGGGCGGGGUGGGUCAAGCCGGUCGAUGGGGUGGAGCAGGCCAAGGGGAUGGGGCCGUUUAGCAAGUAGCAGGGGAAAGAGGCGUAGGAGCGAUCGAUGGUGGGCUCCUGUCGUGCUCGAGGCAGUUGGCUGGGAUCUGUGAUAAUAGUUCAGACGAGAAGCCCAUGAGGGUCGAUUACUGAAUCCAGCAGGAGAUCACGUCAACCGCUGCACGUUGGGUCGAUAAUAGCAAUAACAAUAUGACUGCUUCUGCCGAUACGCGAUGCUGAAAAUGGUGAAUGAACGGAUCGACCUUCUGCGCAUACCUUUUUGCUAGGCACGGCGUGAUUCGGUGAUAACCAGACGAUGCAGAGAAAAAUAGACCCAGUUGUUUCAUCAACCUAUUCGAAACACAGAUAUAACGCGGUCAAGCGAC